GUGGAGUUAAAUUCUUCGGGACUUUUGUUGGCUGCAGCGCAGACAGGGGGCGAAGUUAUUGGUCGUCUAGGUGGCGAACUGAAGAAGUUUCCUUCUUAAACUUGACGUAGUUCAAACAAAAUCACUAUGACUUCGACGAACAUAUUUCAAGGAUUGGAUACUGGUGAAAAACCAAGUUCCAGGGUGCUGCAGCCUCCUGGUGGCGGCUCCAGUAACCUUUUUGGUGGCUACGAAGAGGAUAGCGCUCCAUCAAGACGGUCUAAUAAGAUGGCCUCUAAAAUUUUUGCCUCACCAGAGGAGCCCCAAAGCGUAUCAAGACGCUCCAAUCCUCCAGGUGGGAAGAGCAGCGGGAUAUUCGGGGAACCUGAAGCACCAUUUCAGCCACAGAGACCGGUACCUCCAGGUGGAGCCUCCAGCAACAUAUUUGGGUCUGCACCUGUUGUAAGCUCCAGCCGAAGCCACCCAAACAAGCCAAAGGACAAUCUAAGUGUGGGACCUGAGCUUGAAUCACCAGCACCUGAAGCCAAAGUGAGCCAGCCGGCAGUGAAAAAGGAAGUUGUUAGCCCUGCUCCUGCUCCUGCUCCAGCUCCUGCUCCUGCUCCUGCUCCAGCUCCAGCUCCAGCUAAGGAAGAGCCUCCAGCCGUCUUGGCCAAUCCGGAUCCAAAACCUGCCGCAGCGGCUCCUGACGAGACAAUGCUGAAGAACCACGAGCCUCACCUGGGGCCCAAGCCUCGCUCUCACAACAGGGUCCUCAAUCCCCCCGGAGGAAAGUCCAGCGUGGUUUUCUACUGAUGAUCUCGCACGCAUUGCUUCUCCCAGUUUGUUCAUCGUCUGCUUCCCUGUUGAUUUUCUCUCAUUCCUGUUCUGCACCUCCAGCGGUUAAUUCAUCUGUACAGCACAUAAGCUGCCUGUAGAUCUUUUGGUGCUGUUGUCCACAUCAGAUUUCUAGUUGUUUUUCAACUUUUUUUUUUUUUUUUUUGCACUUUUCUCUCUAUGUCUCAGUCCUGUUUUUUUGAGUCUUCACCCCUACCCCUCCUCCCCGCUGAAUCCUGCAAUGAUACAAUCACACACAAGUCAAUCAGCUAGCUAGGUAUUUCCCAAUCGAUAUGACUGUAACAGUGUUCAAAUUCAGUUGUGCGGUUUUUCUUGUUUGUUUUUUGAGGAUAUGUAGAUUGGAUGAAAACAAAUUUUAACCUCAAUGGACCUGAAUAUAUAUUGUGGAGGUGAUACUUAUUAAUAAACCUAAUAUGUAGCCUUUCAGUCAGGAGAGAGAAACGGAUUGUUUUUGUUUUUUUCACACCAAAGUUUUGUGCAAAAUGUUUCAAGAAAUUUAGCAUCCUUUCAAUAUUUUUGACCUGCCAGGUCUUUACGGUUUUUAUCAUUUAAAUGUGUAAUUAGACACCUUAUUAGCUUAGUAUUUGUCAUCUUCAUUUAAUUUACUUUUGCCUAGCAUGUAGACAAAAAUGACAUUAAAAUACAAUCUGUAUGGGUGCCAAAAAAAAAAAACCAAAACAAAACACACAAUCAAGCAAAUACGAAUCCUAAGAUUGACUUUUAAAUGUUUCCUCAAAGUAAAUUCCAUUUGGAUUGUAUGUGAAUGUAUUGUGUGGAUAUUUCUCUGCUCUGUCCUCGUUGCUUGCAUUAUCUGAGAACAUGCCUUUCUUUUGCUUGGGGUCAGCCUCUGUUUAUGUUUUAAAUUAAAACGGCUGAAGACGUGUGAACUCUAAACAAGCUCGCAGCCCACCUGAGUGCAGGUGGGCUCCUCUGGUCGCCUUUUUCAUCCACAUCAUUAAGCACAGACGAGUUAUUCCGAUGCCAGCCUGUCCCCUCUCUGUUUGAUGUGCCUGGCAGCAAUUGAGUGCAGCAGAAGAAAGGAGUCCUGUGUAUUGAAAUAAAACUUUUGUUUUGCA